GCAGAGUAGUCGCAGCGCGCCGCGAGUACGUACGCUACACUCGUGGACUUUCUCUGGGAGUGUUCGUUAAAAACGGUGCGCGCCGGCCGAGCCCGCUGCUGUGUGGUGCCGGCGCGGCUAGGGGACAGGUGCACAGUGACGACCGUCGGGCAGCGACGAGCGAGCAGCGACGGUAGCGACGCGACGGAACGCGGGACAGGCAGAGGGCAGGAGGGAGACGGAGGGGCAGCGAACUUUGAGCACAGAGGUGGCCGCGCCGCGCCGGGCCGUCCGUCCGCCAUGAGUCGCGCCGCGCUGUGUCUUCUGGUGCCGCUGCUGGUGCUACUGCUGACCGGUCAGCCGGCGGCCGGCGCCGGCAGCUCGCCCGCUGAUGACCUGCUGCUGACGCUGCUGAGGGCGCGCGGCCGCCAGGGGCGCGCCCAGCGACUCGGCCAGCCGGGCCAGCAGCUGCUGGGGGACGGCGAGCGCCGGCUGCUGGACGCGCUGGUCGCCGAGCACACCGAGGGCGAGCAGAGAGCCUACGGCUCCGUCACCAGCAAGAUCCCGUUCCGGCAGUGGAUUUACGAGUCAGGCCAGUUCCUGCCGACGUGCGCGCCACAGCAGGUUUGCAGUACGGCGUACCCGCGGCUCCAGAGGACCAACCCUCAGUGCGUCUGCCCUCGCGACUCGCCCCGCUGCAGCCCACUGCUGACUGCAGACGACGGGCAUACCGUGCCGCUGGUCACCGACCAGUCGCUGGGGGCCCUCACUUCUGUGAAGACUUGCGAAUCGAACGACGAGAUUCGAGAGUGUUCUGGGGACGACUGGGCACUGCUGGCGGUGCAGAACACCCGCUCGGGAAAGUCAAACUUCCUGGUCAUCUGCCGGUGCCCCGCUGACGGCUCUCUGGAUGGUCCUCUGCAACACCAGAUGCCCGCAUAUGCGCACGUGCCAACGGUCCGCGUCUACGGAAUGCUGUGCAGACGAACCAAGCACCAAUACCACCACUACCGCUACCGUAGAGGCGCGGCGCCGGGCGGCGACGAGUGAGGGAGCGCUGACGUCAGGCCGGACCGGCGGCGGCCAUCGUUCGACUGCCGGGGGGUGACAGCGCUGAGGUCAACUAUUCAGCACCUAACAGAGAGCCACUGACCGGUGCGAGCUCACCGCUGCCCUCAGUGACGUGUGGGUGAUUGUGAUUUGUGGAGUGUCACCAUGUCGCCGCUCGUUAGCUGAUCAUGUCGUGAUGUCACCGCGGCUUUAUGACCUCUCCUGUUUGCCCGUUAGUGGCUGCUCGUGACGUGAUAUCGUGUGAACGAUCGGAGCACACGCACGCAUGCACACAUAAGGGGUCGUAUCUGUGUCAAAGGAGAUACCAGUGGGCUUUCCAUUGCAGCCGAGGGCACAUUUCAGUGUCGUGAGCCUGGAACAGAGGCAGCGAAUGGCAGAUGAAGUUUCAGGAUGACAAGUAUCUCUGGGGACCCUCGGUCGGUCUCGUACGUGAAGUUACCGCGAACGUAGUCAGGAAGAUGUUGUUGUUUAUCUUGUUUCGUUGAUGUUAAGAUCCUAGUUGUUAUGUUGUAUAAACGAGUUAAGGUACAAGUUAACCUCACAAGUAAGAAAGAAAGUUACAUUGUUUGGUGGUAUAUUGAUUGUUGAAGGCAGUAGAUAAAGCUGUUACUGGUUGCUAUUGCACGAAGCGGUACACCUUUAUUUUAGUCGUGUCUCGUCUGUUGAAUUUUGUUGAUAUGUCGCACAACAUAUUACAUAAAGGUACCUAUCGUAUAACUGCCCCACUGUUUGGUCAAUAUGUUAUUUGUCUUACCAUAAUAAAAGUUUGUUGUUAAUUGUA